GUCCGAUCGCAAUUUACUGUUGAAUUCUCCGCGGAGUACUUUCUACGAUUCUUUGUCGAUACACGUCUCAGCAAGAUGGCUCGCACCAAGCAAACAGCUAGGAAGUCUACUGGUGGUAAAGCUCCCCGUAAACAAUUGGCAACAAAGGCCGCCCGUAAAAGCGCGCCUGCAACCGGAGGUGUGAAGAAGCCCCAUCGCUACAGGCCAGGAACUGUGGCCCUCCGAGAAAUCCGUAGAUACCAGAAAAGUACCGAGCUUUUGAUCAGAAAGCUACCCUUCCAACGACUUGUCCGUGAGAUAGCUCAAGAUUUUAAAACCGAUCUCCGUUUCCAAAGUUCCGCUGUUAUGGCCCUGCAAGAAGCCAGCGAAGCCUAUCUCGUUGGUCUCUUCGAAGACACCAAUCUCUGUGCCAUUCACGCCAAGAGAGUAACCAUCAUGCCUAAGGACAUCCAGCUAGCACGACGAAUUCGUGGAGAGAGAGCUUAAGCUCCUCUAAGCAUGAUCAUAAACAAAAACGGCCCUUUUCAGGGCCAC